UUGUAGAAAACUAGAAAUUGUACUAAAACCGAUAACAUUUCUUUUUCAAACAGAAUAAUCCAAUAAUUAAUAUCAAUAACUGUACAAUCUACCUUCAAUUAAAUCACACUACAUCAGAAGAGUACAAGAUGUCACAAGGUGAAAGCGUUGCAAAAAGGCGGCACGGAAAAUGGAACAUUGACAUGACAUUACGUAAAGGUGAAAGACAACAACAAGAACUGCCUAGUCCUCCUGGAUAUGGUUCUGAUCGUCACCAAGCCAAAGAAACUGUACGAGGGGGAGGGGGGACAGACCAAGCAUUGAUCGAUAAAAAGGGUUGGGAUGUCGCUCUUGCCCCAAUCAAAAGCCUUCCAAUGAAUGUUUUCCUCAUGUAUAUGUCUGGAAACACAAUUUCAAUAUUUCCAAUUAUGAUGGUGGGAAUGAUGUUCUUUCGUCCAGUUCAAGCUUUAAUGGGAAUUAAAAACACAAUGAAAAUGUUGGAAAGAGCUCGGCAGUAUUAUCUACUCACACUUGUUUUUAUGCUCGGAAAUAUUAUGGCCAUUGGUCUUGCAGUAUAUAAAUGUCACAGUAUGGGUCUCUUACCAACACAUGAAUCAGACUGGCUUGCAUUUGUUAGUCCAUUAGAAAGAAAGGAAUACGUUUCAGGCGGUGUUGGAAUAUAGCGUUGGCGAUAAAAUACUGUCCCAGCAGAACAAUCAUAUUGUCACGGGUAUGGUUCGAAAUGUGUGACAUAUUGUAUAGCCUAUACUUAAAGAGAAAGUGAUAAAUAAAAUCAUUGUAGUAAGAAUAUGAUUAUUCUUCAUUAUUAAAUCGUAAUAAUGGAGUUCCCAAAAUUCAUUAAGUCAUAUCAAAAACACCAUUUUAUUUUGAAUUGGCAUGUCGUAUGCUGCUCAUUUUUAUUUAUUUAAUACUUUCUGGAAAAAUCAAAUCCUUGAGUUUAUUUUACCAUGACCAGGAUAAUGGCAACAAAUGCAAUUGUAUAAUAAGCCAAAGUAUAGUCGGUAAACACAUCUUUCUCAUCACCCACCAAAAAAUUGAAAUUUGCUUAAUGUAGUGUUUUAUUUUGAUAACUAAUUUGACAGUUUUUUAAAUAAAAUUUUUCGAUAUAAUUCUGGUUGAGAUAAACAUGUUAUAUAUAAACUGGAAUUGAUGGUUUCAUCCAUUUUAGUCAUAAAUGAUUAAAAAAAGCAAUGCAUCAUUUCUCUGGUGUAAUAAUGUUGUGUAUGCUAUACCAAAUUACUAUUUUUACAGUUGGUCUGAAUAACUGGGUUUUAGCUAGCAAUAAGCAUAUUGCAAUUUAUGAGUUCCAUAGACUGCCAUGAUUUAUGUAAGGAUAUUUAUUUAUUAUUUGCAAAAAGUUGAAGAUUUGAUUCAUCUUGGUUUUCCAUUGAACUAUCAUAAGUUCGGGGGUCCAUGCAUGACUUUUUGUGAUGUGCUUUUUUGGUACAUGGUAAUACAAUUUUCACAUUUGUUGCUCGGGAGUUCUAAAUUUAGUCAAUCUGUGCAAUUUUUGAUGAACAUUUAACAACUGUCAAAAUAUAACCCAUGUUAAAAGCUAAGAAUAUGAUUACCAUUGAAUAUUUUAAUGAGACUAUUUGCAUAGAUUUUUUGAAUGCUGCUUCUAUGUGUUUUGUCAGAAUUUUGUAUAAAUGUUGUAUUUAGAUAUAACGUUGUUUGCAAUAAUUUCUUAAAUAUUGUGUAAAUAAUCAAUUUGUCAAUUCAG